AUGAAUACUAUGCUUGAUCAACAGAUCGAAUCUGUUUCGAGUAAAUUAGUCCAAUUCAUUCAAGAUUUAACUGUCAAUAUUCAAACAGUCUGCCAUAAGAAUGUGAAUUUUAAUCAGCUAUUUCAGUUACGUAGUGAUUAUGCUAAACAAAUGGCAUCUCUAUUCGAUAUGUUAAUCACUCAACUUAUUGAAGAGUUUCUUCCCAAUCGAACACUCCAACUCACAAUAAAUCUGGAUCCUGUUCAAAUCUGGCGAUCGAUACAAACCUGUGUUGAUCAAUUGAAUGCUCUACAAUGGCAAGACUUGAGCCCCAUCAUCAAACAUAUUCGAACGAUCAACAAUUACUUCUAUAAUCUCCUUUUACAAGUUAAAGUGAGUACUCAAAACGAGUUGAACGAAACAAAGAACUCAUGCCUAAUUGCGAUUCAGAAUGCUGAAUUUCUUCGAGUUGAUCAAACACGCUCGCUCUAUCGGAAUUUAUCACACGAGUUAUAUUGUCUGUCGGAAAGCUUGAUGCAAUUUUCAACUAUUUUCUAUACUCAACCAUCGAUGGUCGACGAAACAAAACUACAAGAAUCUAUCAAGCCCAUCGAUACAUAUCUGUUUCAAAAUAAUAACCACCAUCAUCACCUCAAUCAACAAAGAACAAAUCUUUCUUCAAAUGAAAAACCAAUGAAUUCCAAUUGUUAUUCAUAUAACAUGCCGAACUACCAAACAUCGUCUAAUUGGGCGAAUACUGAUCGAAAUUGCUGCGUUCAGUCAGCUCCAAUUCGUUGCGAUGCAGCGUCAGCGCCCAGGACGAAUACUUUCCCACAGCAAAAACCCAUGGGCUGUGGCUACGGUUCUCAGAAAACGGAUAUACCACCGCCACUUUGUUUUCCAACACCUGUGGUCUACACACCAGAAAUGGAAACACUUUCAUCAUCGGGUGGUAUUAUUUACGCUCGAAAAUCGGGUCUUGAUCUGUAUAGAAAUACAUGGAUAGCAGAGAAUUUGGGCACAUUAAUUGAGACGUUGAAAGAAAUUGGUCAAACGAUCGAUAUGAAUGCUCAUUGUGAAAUUUUAGUUCGAAAAACGGGUGAACUAUUAGUUCGCCGAAAGAAAGGCCGACGAAAACAUUUCAUACAAGAAAAUAUGCGUCAGAAUACAUCACAUGGAAACAACGCGUAUGCUGAAAUGAAUACGAAACAAGAACCAUCCGUUUCCAAUGCUAGUCACGACGAUCACUAG